ACACCGCUCUCCCGCCUCUGCUUCCGCUUCCUAGAAGCCCGGAGCGCGAGCAUUUCCGGGAGCGCCGCGUGGAGCUGAGUGCUGGGUUCCUCUCAGCAUGGCGGUGUCUUCUGGUCCCGCGGCUCCAAUUCUGUCUCUGAAUCCAGAGGAAGAUGCCGAGUUUCAGAAGGAGGUGGCGCAGGUUCGGCGUCGCGUGACCCAGCAAAAUAAGCCAGAACGGGAAAAGCAAGAAGAACUUACACGUGGAGUAAUUUUUGUGGGUCACCUACCUGCAGUACUUUUUGAAUCCCAAAUCAAAGCGUAUUUCUCUCAAUUUGGCAACAUUACAAGAUUCAGAUUGUCCAGAAGCAAAAGGACUGGAAAUAGCAGGGGCUAUGCCUUUGUGGAGUUCGCGUCUGAGGAUGUUGCCAAGAUAGUGGCCGACACAAUGAACAACUAUCUCUUCGGUGAAAGUCUCCUGGUCUGUCAUUUUAUGCCACCUGAAAAGGUACAUAAAGAUCUUUUUAAAGGCUGGCAAGUUCCAUUUCAUCAUCCAAUAUACCCAGCAGUGAAACGUUAUAAUCAUAAGCGGACACUUCUACAAAAGUUGCGGAUGGAAGAUCGAUUUAAAAGGAAAGAAAAAUUAUUAAGGAAGAAAUUAAUUGCAAAAGGAAUUGAUUAUGACUUUCCUUCAUUGGUUUCAUCUACUAAGAAAAAAGAGGUUCCAGACAAAAAAGAGACUUCCGCAAAAAAGAAAAAGGCUUCAGCCAUACCUAAGAAGAAGAGGAAAAGGGUUUCAAAAGGCUCUCUUGUCACCCCUGAUAAGACUGGGGAUAGCCAGAGCACCACACCAGUUUGUACACCAACAUUUUUGGAGAAACGAAAAUCUGAAGUGGCUGGAAUGAACGAUGAUAAAGAUGAUGAAAUUGUCUUCAAACAGCCUGUAUCCAGUGUAAAGCAAACACCAGAGACUCCCACACCAAUUCGUUCAGGGAAGAAAAAACAAAAGCGAAGAAAAAGCACGCAGUGAUUCUGAAUGUAUUGUGUGCAGCAUAUUACAAGAAAUUUUGAUUUGUUGUUGUAAGGGCUGACUACUAUAUCACACUAUUUAACAACCAAAUCAACCAUUAACAAGACAUUCAGGAGAAAAACAUACUGGCUCCAGGUCGAGAAGGAAAGCAGUGAGUAUUUUUGGCUCAUCUGCCCUUGCUGAGAUCCGGGGUACAUCGAAGCCUUCAGUGGGUGGGCUCACAGUGCCUUUGUCCUGGUCUCCUACUUUUAUGUUGAGAAUUCUUUUUAGCUCCUCUUAGUUUAUCCUCCCUAAAUGUCACUGUUAACUGCAAGUUGAAGUACUGAAGUGUUGUGUCCUUUUGCCACCAGCAAAUAAAGUUUACCAGUCUUGCUUGACCA